AUGAUUGUAUUUGGGAAGAACCUGGAGAUUGUGCGCGCGUGGAUUUCGGGAGACCCGAAGCCUAACGCAGACCCAAGACCACUCAGACCCCAACAACGCAGACCCCAGACCACUCAGACCCCGAAAACGCAGACCUCAGACCACUCAGACCCCAAACAACGCAGACCUCAGACCACUCAGACCCCAGCAACGCAGACCUCAGGCCACUCAGACCCCAAACAACUUAGACCCCAGUCCCUUGACCUAAGACCCCAAACCCCCAAACCCCCCAAACCCCCUAAAAUAGACCCCAAACUUCCAGACACCCAGACCUUAGACCCCAAACCAACUCAAACCACAGAUAGACCCCAGACAGACCCCAGACCCCAGACCACAGACCCCAGCACCACGUACCUCUCGGUUGACCUGUCGUGA